AUGUGCGUCACAAGUCUAAGGUGGUCAAGUUUAAACAAAAUUACGUUAAUAAAUUAUCAUUUUGACGAUAAUAUUGAUAAUAUUGAUAAUAUUGAUAAUAUUGAUAAUAUUGAUAAUAUUGAUAAUAUUGAUAAUAUUGAUAAUAUUGAUAAUAUUGAUAAUAUUGAUAAUAUUGAUAAUAUUGAUAAUAUUGAUAAUAUUGAUAAUAUUGAUAAUAUUGAUAAUAUUGAUAAUAUUGAUAAUAUUGAUAAUAUUGAUAAUAUUGAUAAUAUUGAUAAUAUUGAUAAUAUUGAUAAUAUUGAUAAUAUUGAUAAUAUUGAUAAUAUUGAUAAUAUUGAUAAUAUUGAUAAUAUUGAUAAUAUUGAUAAUAUUGAUAAUAUUGAUAAUAUUGAUAAUAUUGAUAAUAUUGAUAAUAUUGAUAAUAUUGAUAAUAUUGAUAAUAUUGAUAAUAUUGAUAAUAUUGAUAAUAUUGAUAAUAUUGAUAAUAUUGAUAAUAUUGAUAAUAUUGAUAAUAUUGAUAAUAUUGAUAAUAUUGAUAAUAUUGAUAAUAUUGAUAAUAUUGAUAAUAUUGAUAAUAUUGAUAAUAUUGAUAAUAUUGAUAAUAUUGAUAAUAUUGAUAAUAUUGAUAAUAUUGAUAAUAUUGAUAAUAUUGAUAAUAUUGAUAAUAUUGAUAAUAUUGAUAAUAUUGAUAAUAUUGAUAAUAUUGAUAAUAUUGAUAAUAUUGAUAAUAUUGAUAAUAUUGAUAAUAUUGAUAAUAUUGAUAAUAUUGAUAAUAUUGAUAAUAUUGAUAAUAUUGAUAAUAUUGAUAAUAUUGAUAAUAUUGAUAAUAUUGAUAAUAUUGAUAAUAUUGAUAAUAUUGAUAAUAUUGAUAAUAUUGAUAAUAUUGAUAAUAUUGAUAAUAUUGAUAAUAUUGAUAAUAUUGAUAAUAUUGAUAAUAUUGAUAAUAUUGAUAAUAUUGAUAAUAUUGAUAAUAUUGAUAAUAUUGAUAAUAUUGAUAAUAUUGAUAAUAUUGAUAAUAUUGAUAAUAUUGAUAAUAUUGAUAAUAUUGAUAAUAUUGAUAAUAUUGAUAAUAUUGAUAAUAUUGAUAAUAUUGAUAAUAUUGAUAAUAUUGAUAAUAUUGAUAAUAUUGAUAAUAUUGAUAAUAUUGAUAAUAUUGAUAAUAUUGAUAAUAUUGAUAAUAUUGAUAAUAUUGAUAAUAUUGAUAAUAUUGAUAAUAUUGAUAAUAUUGAUAAUAUUGAUAAUAUUGAUAAUAUUGAUAAUAUUGAUAAUAUUGAUAAUAUUGAUAAUAUUGAUAAUAUUGAUAAUAUUGAUAAUAUUGAUAAUAUUGAUAAUAUUGAUAAUAUUGAUAAUAUUGAUAAUAUUGAUAAUAUUGAUAAUAUUGAUAAUAUUGAUAAUAUUGAUAAUAUUGAUAAUAUUGAUAAUAUUGAUAAUAUUGAUAAUAUUGAUAAUAUUGAUAAUAUUGAUAAUAUUGAUAAUAUUGAUAAUAUUGAUAAUAUUGAUGAUAAUAUUGAUGAUAAUAUUGAUGAUAAUAUUGAUAAUAAUAUUGAUAAUAAUAUUGAUAAGAUAUCGUGGCAAUCACGCCAAAAGCGUGGCAAUCACGUCUAAAGCGUGACGUCUGGCAAUCCUGCCUAAGAAGUAAUUUGUUAAGUAAAGAAAGAGCUCUUAUUCUGAACCAAAAUCGAUCAUUUUUUUAUAUAA